AUCAUGGAGAUGGAAGUGUUUCUCUUUCCCAUGGAAGUGUUGUUAACGAAUGUCUGUACAAUAAUCUGUACUCCUGUUGCACCCUAGAAUUUCACCACUAACUGUGUCUAUAUAUCAGUCAUUAUUGUAAACAUUAUAAUUUCAUUCUGACAGGCUAAUAUUAACAUCCCCAUGGGAGCGUUUAGACCUGGUGCAGGACACCCUCAUAAAAGAAAAGAAGUAACACCUGAAGAAGAACAAUAUGUACCUGCUACAGAAGAGGAGAAAGACAAGAAGCAUCUUCCAGGAGCUAUAAAACUUCCAGGUCCUGCUGUCAACUUGUCAGAGAUUCAGAACAUAAAGAGUGAGCUGAAAUUUGUCCCCAAAGCUGAGCAGUAGUUGGAAGAAGCAGGUGAGUAAGGGAGGUUCUUUCCAUGGCUUUUGAAAAAGCAGGGUGAUCUAGAAACAUUUUUAUGCCAAAAGAUGGCUUUCCAAUUAUUUCAAAGAUCCUGGAAUCACAACCCAUAUUUCAAAGAUAAAAUAUAAUUUGUGGAAGAAGAGGCAAAUAAUCCUUGGAAUUCUGCUUUAUUUCAAACAUGCAGC